GGUAUCACCACUUCAAAAGUCUGAAGUUGUAGAAAUGGUUAAAAAACAAGUUAAGGUAGUAACUCUAGCAAUUGGUGAUGGAGCAAAUGAUGUUAGUAUGAUACAAACAGCACAUGUUGGUGUUGGUAUUAGUGGGAAUGAAGGUCUACAGGCUGCUAAUUCUUCAGACUACUCAAUUGCUCAGUUCAAGUAUUUGAAGAACUUGUUGUUGGUUCAUGGAGCCUGGAAUUAUAACAGAGUAGCUAAAUGCAUCUUGUAUUGUUUCUACAAGAAUAUAGUCCUUUAUAUUAUUGAGAUCUGGUUUGCUUUUGUCAAUGGCUUUUCUGGACAAAUUCUUUUUGAAAGAUGGUGUAUAGGUCUCUACAACGUGAUGUUUACAGCAAUGCCUCCACUAACUCUUGGAAUAUUUGAGAGAUCCUGUCGAAAAGAAAACAUGCUGAAAUAUCCGGAGUUAUACAAGACUUCCCAAAAUGCACUGGACUUUAAUACUAAGGUUUUCUGGGUUCAUUGUUUAAAUGGCCUCUUCCACUCAUUCAUUCUGUUUUGGUUUCCACUAAAAGCCCUCCAGCAUGGUACCGUAUUCAGCAAUGGUAAAACUUCAGAUUACCUGCUCCUGGGGAACACUGUAUACACUUUUGUGGUUCUAACUGUGUGCUUGAAGGCUGGAUUAGAGACCUCAUAUUGGACUUUGUUCAGCCAUAUAGCUAUCUGGGGCAGCAUAGCACUUUGGGUAGUGUUUUUUGGAAUCUACUCUUCUUUGUGGCCAGUCAUUCCUAUGGCACCUGAUAUGUCAGGAGAGGCAGCUAUGAUGUUCAGCUCUGGAGUGUUUUGGAUGGGACUUCUCUGUAUUCCUAUGACAGCUUUACUUUUUGAUGUAGUAUACAAAGUAGUAAAGAGAGCUACUUUUAAGACACUGGUAGAUGAAGUUCAGGAGUUGGAAGCAAAGUCUGAGGAUCCUGGGGCAGUUGUGCAUGGCAAGAGCUUAACUGAAAGAGCCCAACUACUGAAGAAUGUUUUUAAGAAGAACCAUGUGAACUUGUAUCGCUCUGACUCUCUGCAGCAAAACUUGCUUCAUGGCUAUGCCUUCUCUCAAGAUGAAAAUGGAAUUGUUUCCCAGUCUGAAGUAAUAAGAGCUUACGAUACCACAAAACAAAGGCCUGAGGAAUGGUGAAGGAACACUGCUCCAUAUUUAGGCCUUAGUAGUUACUUUUGUGAGACAGACUACUAGAUCUUUGCUGGGAGCUGCGACCAUGGCCCAGUUAUCAGAGAUUUAAAGAUCUAUGAUGGUCUUGUUCCAUGAAGUUUGGAUUUGUGUAUUCAGUAGACAUAAGCACUGUGCAACUAUACGGUAACACACCAUCUCUAAAUUUUUUGACAAGUAUUUGCUUAGCCUUUGUAAACAGAUUGGAAUUUACCUUGUAUCUUGCCAGCUUGCUUAUUUUACAAUGAAGUUGAAUCAAUACUGGUCAUAUACUCAGAAGGCAAUGGUCAGAUCGCUAAACAUACUUUACAUUGACAGACCAUUAGCAUCUGUGAAGGUUUUUAAGUGUUAAUGUAUUUAAAUACAGUUGAUAACAAGCCUUUGAUUUCAACAAGUGCUGAAAAAAUAGUAUCUUAAUGGUGUUAAUUCACCUUCUUUGAGAAAGAUUUUGAGUAAAGGUGUUUAUAG